AUGCUAACUGAAAGCAAAAAUAAUCAACCUGCCAACGAGAGACCGUACUGGGAUAAUCAACUUGAAUUUUUGAUGUCAUGUAUUGCCACUUCGGUUGGUUUAGGAAACGUUUGGAGAUUUCCAUUUGUGGCAUAUCAAAAUGGUGGUGGAGCUUUCCUCAUACCUUAUAUCAUAGUAUUAUUAGUAAUAGGUAAACCUAUGUAUUACUUAGAGACUGUUCUUGGCCAAUUCAGUAAUUCAAAUGGUGUUAAAAUAUGGGCCAUGUCCCCUGCCAUGAAAGGCACUGGAUACGCACAGGCUCUCGGUACUUCAUACGUACUCUCUUAUUACGUCUCGAUAAUAGCUCUUUGCCUUUACUAUUUAGCUGUUAGUUUUAAUUCAACCCUCCCAUGGGCUGUAUGUCAGCCAGAAUGGGUGAACUGCGUUCCCUCGGGCCAUGCCGCAAACGAAUCUGAAUUUGGUGGGAAAGCUAGAAGCAGUGCUGAGUAUUACUUUACGCAGACGGUUCUACGCCAGCCUGACGGCAUUCACGAUGGAAUUGGCGCACCUCUAUGGGAUCUAACAUUGUGCCUCUUUGCGUCGUGGUUUUUUAUUUUUCUAAUCGUUUCUCGUGGUGUGAAAAGCUCUGGAAAAGCGGCAUAUUUCUUAGCGUUGUUCCCAUAUGUCGUGAUUUUCAUUUUGUUGAUUAGGGCAGUUACAUUACCCGGAGCGGGUAAAGGUAUCCUUUUUUUCAUAACACCCGUUUGGGCCAAGAUAUUAGAAAUUAAGGUGUGGUAUGCGGCAGUUACUCGCAUUUUCUCUAUCUCCGUUUGCUCUGGAACUCUUAUCAUGUUUGCGUCAUACAACAAGUUUACACAAAAUGUUUACAGAGAUUCGAUGAUCGUGACCACCUUGGAUACGUUUACGAGUUUGAUUUCUGGCAUAACUAUAUUCGGAGUGCUGGGUAAUUUGGCCUACCAGUUGAAUUACGAUGAUGUGGGCCAAGUCAUUGGAACCGGCGGCACCAGUCUGGCCUUCAUUUCGUACCCAGAUGCGAUCGCACAGUCACCUUUCGUACCGCAAGUAAAUUGGCACAUUAAAUACAAAUAUUUUACCAUUGUGAAGUAUUUAUUAAUGCGAUCCUUGUUGCGAGUGCCUAAAGCGUUCACCCAAAAGUCCGUUCGCGGUUCUCUUCUUUUAAUGAUGGCCGUAUUAGGAGUCGGAUCUGGUGUGGCUUCAUUAUCCACAUUAAAUACUAUACUACUGGACACGUUCCCCCGUGUGCCAACAAUCUACAUGUCUUCCGCGACCUGCACAGUCGGUUUUCUUGUUGGUCUGAUUUAUGUUACGCCGGGGGGUCAGUACAUAUUGGAACUCGUGGACUAUUACGGAGGUACAUUCAUGAGAUUGUUUGCUGCUAUUACUGAAACUAUCGGUGUCUUCUGGAUAUACGGCCUGGAGAAUUUAUGCCUCGAUGUCGAGUUUAUGUUGCGUAUAAAAAUCUCAUUUUAUUGGAGAAUCUGUUGGGCAAUCAUAACCCGAUCAUGA